UCGUUGGGGUCUCUUGUGUCCGGUGCUUCCCCGGUUUGAGGAGAGCCAGGCCCCGCUUCCGGACCGCCCCGGGCCAGGGUUACCGGCGGCUGCUGUGAGGUACUUGGAUCACUAUGGCAGCCACAAGAAAUGUGAUGAGAGCUGUCAGAGUUCUCGAGUUUGGUGGCCCUGAGGUGCUUAAGCUCCAGUCAGAUGUCCUAAUUCCUGAUCCAAAAGAAAAUCAGGUGUUAAUUAAAGUCCAUGCCUGUGGGGUAAAUCCCGUUGAGACAUAUAUUCGUUCUGGAAAUUAUGCCAGAAAACCAGCUCUGCCCUACACUCCUGGCUCAGAUGUGGCUGGGGUGGUGGAAGGUGUUGGGGAGCAUGUGACUGCGUUCAAGAAAGGUGACAGGGUUUUUACCAUCGCUACGAUCUCAGGAGGAUACGCAGACUAUGCAGUUGCUGCGGCUAAUAAAGUCUUUCCUUUGUCCGAUAAACUGGACUUCAGGCAAGGGGCAGCGAUUGGAAUACCCUACUUCACUGCUUACCGUGCUCUUUUCCAAAAAGGCUGUGCCAAAGCUGGGGAAAGCGUGCUCGUGCAUGGUGCGAGUGGGGGGGUGGGAAUAGCAGCAUGUCAGAUUGCCAGAGCUUGUGGUUUAAAGGUGCUGGGUACAGCAGGAACCGCGGAAGGCAUGAACAUGGUCCUGAGGAAUGGUGCUCACCAGGUGUUUAAUCACAGAGAAGCCAAUUACAUUGAUAAAAUUAAGGAGUACACAGGGAUGGGAGGAGUUGAUAUAAUAAUAGAAAUGCUCUCCAACAUCAAUCUUGCCACUGACCUGCAACUGCUGAACUAUGGAGGAAGGGUGAUGGUUGUGGGCUGUAGAGGUCCCAUUGAGAUAAAUCCAAGAGACACUAUGAGCAAGGAAUCCAGCAUAACUGGAGUUAGUCUUUUCCUUGCAACAGAGGAGGAGAAGCAUGAGUGUGCAACAGCGCUCCUUGAUGGCAUAGAAGCUGGCUGGUUGAAACCUGUUGUAGGCUCUGAAUAUCCACUGGAGAAAGUGGUGAAGGCCCAUGAAGACAUUAUUCAUGGUGGUGGUGCUCGGGGGAAGAUGGUGCUCCUUCCAUAGAAUCUUUUUCCAGUUAUGUUGUAGCUGUUCCAGCUGCACCUUUGGUUACCUGAUUCAUUCACAGUAUAUUACAAAGCAUACUUUUGGUCAGGUUUGCCAUUAACAGCAAAUGCUGACUUCCAUUAAUGGCAUUAAUGAUCAGUCUAUUUUCUUAUUGUAAUAAGCAGAGUUUUCUAUACUUCAAAGUAAUUUUUGUAGAUUUUUUUUGGCUGAUGUGGAAAUAAUGGACUUCCUCCACUGGUGUGGCCUUGUGGGGCAGGAGAGGCUCACAUCUAAGGCAGGAUUUGAUAUCCUGCUCUCUGUGGGUGAAGCAGAUUAACGAAUGUACAUAAUUAACUCUAUGUAUAUAGCUGCAACUCUGAAAAUUCCUUAGCCACAAAUUUUGUCGUCUUACUCAUUUUUUGUCACAUAAUUUACAUGGAAUAAAAACUUUUACUGCCAAAAUAGUUCACUUUCCAGUUCAAAAGAUGGGAAAAGAGCCUCUCAAAUAUGAACUCUUUGGGAGCAGAGGCAGUUGUUGGUGCACCUGACUUCGUAUCUGAGGUCAAAGCGUUCCAGGUAACCCAAAGGGAUGGUGACUUCGGAGCUGCGUGCUAAUAGCUGCUACUCUGCAGUAGCUGUCCAGCCCUGAUUUGACUUUUGUCAGAUUUAAAGUUCCCUGAAUCCCUGGCUACAAUGCGGAGACAGGCUGCAUGGGGUGCUCAGAAGUCAUGUUGCUUCAUAACUGAAUGUGUUUACAUGGUUGACUUGUUCCAAAUACAAACCGAUUAAGGAAGGGCAAUUUCUUUGCUAUAUUGACGGCUCUUACCUAAGAUCUCAUCUCAGUCUCUCCUCUGGCAGGUUAAAGCCAGUCCUCUUUGUCCAAAGGAGGCUGGCUUUAGGAGGCUGGAGGGUUUAUUGCUACCCCUUUAGGCACUGGAGCUGCUCUAAUGUCUCUCCUUAAGGAGCCUCCUCUUCUCCAGGCUGAACCAGCCCAGCUCUCUCAGCCUGGCUUCAGAGCAGAGGUGGCUGUUGAGUACAUUAGCUUUCUCCAUGUUAGUUGUCACCAGCUCUCCUGUCUUAUUUACAGGUGGUGGUACAUUGACUUUAAUCUUCCUUCUCUGGCCAACAUAUCUGUAAAGGCUCUUGCUGUUCUUUGCAUCCCUCUCCAAAUUCAGCUCCAGUUGUGCCUUAGCUUUUCUAAUCCAUCCCUACACAUCUGGGCAGCACCCCCACAUCCUUCCCUGGAGCUGUUCUUUGCCUGGUUUCAUGUUGUUGUUUUCUGAUUUGAGAGAAUGUGAGAUAAAUAAUAUAUGUUGAUUUUUUUAUUAUUAAUAACUGAUAUUGAUCUCUUCCUACAUUUUAAAAUGUGUUCUAAUGCGCAUGCUCACCCUUGGGUUAGCCGUUGAUGGUAGGAAAGGCUGGUGUCAGACCUGUUUCUGGCAUCUGCCCUUCUGUUACAUCUA